AUGGGGAUGACUGCGCCACUUCUUGAGCCGCAAUAUAAGAAAUCAAUAAGGAUCAUCAAUGUUUGGUCAAGCAACCUGGAAUUCGAGUUCGAGCGGAUUGCAUUUGCCUCUCGAUGCUUCCCCUUUGUGACCAUUGACACUGAGUUUCCAGGAGUCGUAUUCCAUCCCACCGUCGACUCUGCCAAUCCCAAGAACACUUCACGUCCUUUGGAUCGCUACAGAGCUCUCAAGGCUAAUGUUGAUUCACUCCAUCUUAUACAGCUUGGUCUUACUCUCAGUGACUUGGAUGGUAAUCUUCCAGAUUUUGGAGGAGGCUGCAGUUUCGUAUGGCAGAUUAACUUCAAAGAAUUUGAUGUCUCUAGUGAUCUUCAUGCACCGGACUCCAUUAAUCUUCUCAGACAACAGGGUAUCAAAUUCGACAAGAACAGGGAAGACGGUGUUGAUUCUACCCGUUUCGCUGAGUUGAUGUUGGCCUCUGGUUUGGUGUUCUAUAACACACCUCUGUUCCGAUGGGUUACUUUCCAUGGCGCUUAUGAUUUCGCUUAUCUGCUGAAAGCCAUCACACGGCAGCCAUUGCCGGACGACCUUAAUGGGUUUUACAAACUUCUGAAUGUGUAUUUUGGGCUGAAGAUUUAUGAUGUGAAGCAGAUGCUCAAAUUUUGCGAUGGAGUCUUCGGCGGCUUAGAGCGGGUGGCGAAAACUUAUGGGUUAAAACGCAUCGGCGAAGCUCACUGUGCGGGCUCUGAUAGCCUGUUAACAUGGUUUGUGUUUCACAAACUUCUUCUGAAUAACAAUGUGAAAGGUGCUGGUGUUCUGUUCGGGCUUGAUAUUGAUUAUAAACCAGCGCCUGUGAUACGCUUCAUGGCACCGGUCCCACCCCAGCAUGCUUAUUGUAGUGUCCUCCGCAUGCCUGCCAUUCCCGGCAUGUUUGGAUAG